GUCAGCGGCGUCAUGCCAUGCAAGCAAGCGCUGGAUCCUUUCUCUUGGACAUUCCCUCCCAAAGUCACCUCGCGACAAUACAGUAACUUGCGAUUCUUACAUGACCUCUAUUUAUUCUUCAUGCCCACUAGUCCUCGACAUGCCAGAGCUCCACUUUCCUUUACUCCACCAUCACUAUCACUAUCGCGAUCCAUCUCCAUCUCUUCAUUCCUGAAGGCGUCCAAGUCUGAUUGCUCCACUUCAUUCAUUUUACCAGUACCAGCCGGAACCUUGCAACCAUUGGAUAUUUACUCGGUACUCGUACCAGCACCAUUCCAACAAGAUCACAUAUCUUACCCCUUUCGUUUUCGCUUUCGCUUUCCCUCUCCCUCUCCCUCUCCCUCCGGUUUGCUACAUAGGAGCAACUGCAACUGCACAAACACCACAUUACCCGAUGAUGACUUGGUCCUCGAUAUUGCCAGAGAGCUUCUUGUUCAUUGAAAUAUGGGCUGUUCGCAUAUUUGUAAGUUCCCGAUUUACCAAGUAAUCAGCCCUGCCGAAUCCCAAUUUCUUAACAUUAAUCGCAGCUUCUCCUCGGCUUCAUAGCAAUUGGUCCAUGGAUACUCUUGAUAGUUUACGAUGUACUCUUAUACAUUUUCCGAACUGCAACCUACGAGAUACCAUAUGUUGGUGGGAGAGCAAGAAAUCGACCGCGCCCUCGAGCACCCAGUCUUAGUGAACGACCCAGUGGAACCAGACGGAGAUUCAGUCUUACUCUACCAGGAGCUCAAGCCCAUACAAUAAGUGACGUGGCAGAUGCGGUGGAUGGAGUCAAGCAGCGGAUGCAGCGACCAGGGAAUCAAAGGACCAACAGUAAUGCGAUUGAUGAAUACCAUAAUGAGGGAGCUACCUGAAGCAUUCAUUCAUAGCCGUUCAAGUACUUUGAUAAGAUCUCCCGUUACUCCCAUUGCUGUUACCUCUCCACCUGCGGCUGCUCCCUGGAUAACCAAAGGAUUUGCUCCAUACCUUUUUGUGUAGAAGCUUAUAAUGUUGUCGCUUCCCUUAAGUGCUGCAAUAGGAUGUGAUCGGUCGAAGUUCUCCAAGCCAACCUUAACCUCUUUCUUGCCAACAUCAAUGCUUCCGACAAAUCUCACCACCUUGCCUUCUUUUUCCGCGGCAACCUUGGUCUCCUCCAUCUGAGAAUCAAAUUCUGGAAGUCUCUGCAAGAAUUCAUCACCACUGGCCACACUCUCCAACUCCUUGGGGAUCAAGCUUUGAACUGGGAAGGAAGUGGGUGAUUCGACGGGUAGUCCAGCCAGUCUUGCCAGGAUCGUCAGCUUUCUCGCAACAUCCAAUCCAUUCAAGUCAUCUCUUGGAUCUGGCUCAGUAUAUCCCAGCUCUUUCGCCUUGGUCACCUCGGCGGACCACUUUCCACCCGAACCUUCCGUGGGCGCAAAUGAGUUGAACAAGAAUGACAAUGUACCACUGAAAACACCCUCAAUUCUUGUCACCUCGUCUCCUGUGUCAACCAGAUCCUUCAAUGUAGAAAUGACUGGAAGGCCAGCUCCUACUGAACUCUCGUGGUAUAUUUUGGCGCCAGAUUCAGAGGCUGAAGUGAAGAUGUCCUGCCAUAGCUUGUAUGAGCCCGAGAAAGCUUUCUUGUUUGGCGUAACGAUACUGAUUCCCUUCGACAGGAUGUGCGGAUAGUUGUCUGCAACAGCUUGUGAGCUUGUGUUGUCAACGAGCACGACCUUCGCUGGGGCAGCAGCCAAAUAAUCGACAGCCUCAGUUAAGGAGAGGGUCUUCUGGGUUGAGCCGUCGAGUUUCGCAGCGAGAUUCUCAUAUGGUAGGGCGGUGUAUUCGGUACUGUAGAGGGAUUUUGUACUUCGAGAAACGAAGAUGAGAGAUAACCUGGGGGAGGAUGGCCUGGUUGCGAAUCGUUUGGUGAGGUCUUCGAGUUGUGACAGGAAGCAUUUUCCUACCCCACCAGCACCUGGAUUUUGUUAGAAGUGGGUGCUGCAGAGACACCAGAGGGUGAUGACGUACCAAUAACAGCAACGAAGACGUCUCUAGUCGGUGCCAUCUUCAAUUGAACCUGAAGAGUUAUUUUCGUAACUGGAGGGAAUGGAAGGAGUUGUUGAGGAGGUCUUGAAUUUUGGCUGUCGCGCUGCAGGGGCGGGGCUGUACUGUCACGUGACUGACUCCGUUGCAGGACUCGCUUGCAGAUGAUGUUAUUACAUGAUCUCAAAAGGCUUACGCCUCUCGCGGUUCAAAUAAACUCUUCGAAGCUUAAUAAUUGGCCAUUGGCUAUUUUUCUUUUGCCAUAUGGCACUUCGAAGCCUUCUACUAAAUAUGUUGUUAAUUAAUAGUACUUUUUCUCGAAGAAAUACUGGUAUAGAAGAGACCAGCGGACGAUGCUGUGCGGGGUCAGAGUGGCCGAUCUCGCUCCGGAUGUCUGCCUCGCUCAGCACAACAUCAUCCAUUGGAUGUGUCAAUUCCAAUAACUUCAUACAAUGCUUCACCUCUGAACAUAACGGCAAGGUUAAUCAGAAGGUUUCCGUAACGGACGAGGAAAGAGGCUAUCAUUACCCGAGUCUUUGAGGCCUUUGUGUCUCGCUUGGACGUGUGUGUGGUUUGAAUAAUUCAUCGUCUUGCCGUUUCUCAUUCCGUUCACUUCGUUUACAAGUUCAUGCUUUUUUGGAGAUAGUGGCUUCUUCUCCGGCAAGAGAUAAGUGCUUUGGUACCUCACUUGUGAUGGGGAAUGUCUUCUCGGGCUUUUGAAAGAUUUAUGCACUGCGCUUGUGUAUUGGAGGGGGAGUGUUACCAGAGUGCAGAACUUCCUUUCGAUUGGGCGAUUCCGGGAGUUGUGGCAGUUUUGGAGGCUUUAAUAGGAUUUCAUAUUGUUGCUUUGCGACUUGCUUCUUUUCUUCAAGGGCUAGGUGGUUGAGAGCUUGUGGCUUCAAGUGGCAGUGAGUGCGUAAGUUUACGCAGGCGAAACUUUUCACCAAUGGCUACAUAAUUUCGCGUUGUCAGAGAUGACGACUAUCAACCUUACCUUUUUUGUCUUGAAAGAUAGUUAAUGACUAUCAAAUGCGCAGCAGCAACAGAACACAAAGCAAAACACGCGAAUGUGGUCAUAUGUUUUCAACUAUUGAUUCUCAACGCAGACACUCGAGUUCGGGAUUGGAUCCUCCAAUGUGUUUCCCCCUCAAAAAGACUAGAACAGCGAGAGGCUCAGAUCACUUUCCUUGCCUUGUUGAGAGCGGUACCUACUGAUAAGGUAGGGCUAUCUUUUCUGAUCCUUGAACGGGACCUCGAUGACAAUUCGGAAGAUCUUGAAGCUGAUCUUCUCUCCAAUGUGGCUCGCAGGCUUUGAGUUCGGGAUCUGAGAUCAAUAUAUCUCAUGUUCGCAAUUGCUUGCUCUUCUCGGUCAAGAUCGAUUUCUUUCUGCCUCAACUCAAGCUCUUUUCUCUUCAGCGCAAGUUCGCUUUCAGCAUUAGUGAUCUCUGCUACGUAGCGCUCUCUCGGCGUCGUACAGUUGCUCUUCGACGUCCUCCAGGAGUUCGCUUUCGUUUGAAGAGGUCUUAUCUUGAACGUGUGCCGGAGAAUGAGAUUCAAUCUCUACUGACGGUUGCAAAUUCUCCUGGGGCCACCCCACAGUUUUGUCUAUCUGUUCAUGCCGGAGUGGGGACAUGCUCAUCGGCUCAUCUUCUUGGUUAAGGAUGGAUUCGCAAGACUUGCCAACUUUGCUGUAUUUUUCAGCGACGAGUCUAUCUUUAAGUCUCGGUUGGCUUAAAUUGUUCGAGUUGUCUACAAAGACCUCUUGGCCCUCGCCUUUGAAAUCCCACUUCGCUGGAGGUUCGAUGGAAGCCUCUGUGACUUCGUUGUCUCCUAUAUUGGAACACACUUCCCAAUGUGAUGUUUCCCAUUCCUGGUCGGUAUCAUCUUCAAUAUGGUCGAUCCGAGUCACUUGUUGGCCAUGAUGCAUUUCUGGCAUUUCUGGCCACUCUUCAUCAAAACCGUCGAUCUUGUCUGUCGCAGAUGCAACGACCGGACACUGGCUUUCAGAUUGUCGCACAUAAUACCAGCUUUCCAGAAUCUUCAUGGCGUUCCAAGGAAUUGGUAGCGACCAUCUCUGUGUAACAAUCUCGCGGAUAAACUCGCCAGUCUUUUCUGCGCAAUUUCUCACCCUUGCACUACCUCGAAUAAAGAUGUUGCGCAUUCGCAGUCCUUUCCCCUUGACAAGAUACAAUGUCAAUCUUUGUUGCAUCUUCGUGAGGUGAUGGAGUCUGAUUCAUCCAUCCGGAUGUCUUUCUCGUCCGUAUUACACUCCCAAUCGCUAUCGAAAAUAAAGAGAUCUCUCCCCCUCCCACCUAACGGCCUAAGAACCGCAGCCCAAGUCUGCCAGGGUCUUCUCUUCCAGACUGAAUCAUGCCCCUCAUCCCAGCUAUCGUCAAAGGCAUUGAAAAUCGCAAUUUUCUGUGCCCAUUCGAUUGUCACUUGGGGGCCCUUAUGCCAGUCCACGAAGCAUUUGAAGCUGCGAGCAUCAUGAAAGCCUCGCCAUUUCUUCCUUGUUGACCUAUUCUGAAACCCAAUGGGGUCCAGCAUUAAGUCCCAGUCGUCGCGCUCCUGAACGUGUGAGUAAGCGAGGGCUCUCAGGAACCAACUCUGUUCGCUUGCAUUUGAGAAGCCGUAUAGACGAGGUGGCUCUAAUGGAUUGUCGCGCGUGAUCUUGUUCUCUUCCUCGAUGUUACCAUCUUUUUUGGGCCCGACCAUUCUCAAUCCUGUAUUCUUGGGCCAUUUGUACUCUUCCCCCUCAGGGAGUCUUCUCUUGAGCCGGGCAAUCUUUACCUUUGCCUUUGCCAUCAUUGCUGGUUGGAGAAUUCGGUUCGGGUAAUCCAAUGAUAUAAUUUUGAUGGAAAAGAGAGAUGGGUUCUUCCUGUGAAAAAAAUAUCUGUUUGAUUUUCUUGAGAUGCGGUUCUUUGCAUUAGUGCCGCUGCAUGGGUGUCCCGUUUUGUGAUGUGUGGUUGACGAUAAUGGUUGUUAUAUUUUCUUUU